GUGGGUAGCAGUGUGGAACUAAAAUGACCGACGGGAAAGGGAGGAAGGAAGAGACUGAAGUGAGAAGGAAAACAAAUGAUGUAAAAUAGUUGAGAUUAGAGUCGCAGGACUUUCACUGAAGCGAGGUCGCCUUUAAAGGGCGGUACUUCCGCGUCCAGGCCCCGCCCCCUCGGUGGAUCUUCUCCUGCUCCGGUGAAGUUCCUCUCGUGAUCUUCUGAGCUACACAUGGCUCUCCCGUACUCUCUCUUUCUGUAUCUGUUAUACUUGUCUUCUACCAAUGCGGCCCGUUUCAACCACUUGGACGAGGAUGUUCGGUCUCCAUCCGGAACUUCCAAAUUCGGGUCCCUGUGGCCUCUUCCGCAGACAGUGGAGCUCUCAGAUGUUUCAUUCAACAUCGCGUCCAGUCGAUUCCAGAUAGUCGACGCCGUCGGCUCGUCUGCAGGUCCGGGCUGCAGCCUCCUCCAGAGCGCCUACAGGAGAUACUUCGACUACAUCUUCACUGGCGUCAGGAGUGCAGAGUCGCGCGCGCGCUCCGCUGAGCUGACGCAGCUGCAGGUACUGAUCACGUCGGCUGAUGCCGAGUGUGACGGCUUCCCAGGCGUCACUUCUGACGAGUCAUAUGAGCUGACAGUAGAUCAGCCGACUGCACUGCUCAAAGCGGCCAACGUCUGGGGAGCUCUGCGCGGUCUGGAGACGUUCAGCCAGCUGGUGUACGAAGAUGACUUUGGCGCUAAAACCAUCAAUUCUGCAAAAAUUAGCGACUUCCCUAGAUUCCCACAUCGCGGCAUCCUGCUGGACACGUCGCGACACUACCUGUCCACCAAAGUGAUCUUAGCCAAUCUGGAGUUAAUGGCCAUGAAUAAAUUCAACGUCUUCCACUGGCACAUCGUGGACGAUCCCUCCUUCCCCUAUAUGAGCCGCACGUUCCCACAACUCAGCAAGAAGGGUGCCUACCAGCCGUACACACACGUGUACACACCUGCCGACGUGAAGAUGGUGAUCGAGUUCGCACGUACCAGGGGAAUCCGUGUGGUUCCGGAAUUCGACACGCCGGGUCACACUCAGUCUUGGGGGAAAGGUCAGACGAACCUUCUCACACCGUGCUACUCUGGGUCUGCACCGUCUGGAAGCUUUGGACCUGUGAACCCUAUCUUGAACAGCACUUACGAUUUCAUGAGUCAGUUCUUCGCGGAGAUCAGCACCGUGUUCCCGGACGCGUACGUGCACCUGGGAGGUGACGAGGUGGACUUCACCUGCUGGAAGUCCAACCCCGACAUCCAGAAGUUCAUGGAGCAGCAGGGCUUUGGGAAGGACUACAGCAAACUGGAGUCCUUCUACAUCCAAAAACUUUUGGAAAUCGUCACUGCGACCAAGAAAGGCUACAUGAUCUGGCAGGAGGUCUUUGACAACGGAGUGAAGCUGAACCCAGAUACAGUAAUCCACGUGUGGAAGGGAACCCAGCAGCAGUACCAGAGUGAGAUGGCUAGAGUCACGGCAUCAGGGUACCAGACCCUGCUCUCCACCCCCUGGUACCUGAACCGUAUCUCCUACGGCCAGGACUGGCAAGGCCAUUACAAGGCCGACCCGCAGGACUUCCAGGGAAGUGAGGAGCAGAAGAAGCUUGUGAUCGGAGGAGAAGCCUGUCUGUGGGGAGAGUACGUGGAUGGAACCAACCUCACGCCUCGACUCUGGCCUCGAGCCAGUGCUGUUGGCGAGCGUCUCUGGAGCAACAAAAGCGUAACAGACAUUGGCGACGCAUACGCCCGACUCUCGCUGCACCGCUGCCGCAUGGUCCGGCGCGGUUUCCCGGCGGAGCCUCUGUUCUCCAGCUUCUGUCCUCAGGAGUACCAAGGACUUUGAGGAGAUUAAAAAAAAACAGCACUUUUCCAUAAAUCACUUGCAAAGAUGCUUCAACAGUAACUCAGUUUCCGAGCUUUGGUCACAUUACUCAAUAUCAGCAGAUGCAGUUGUUCACUUUACGUGCUUUUAAAAAAAUCAUUGUGAAUGAAUGUUGGUGCUUCUUGAUCAAUCUUUUUUUUUUUUAUUUGAAUAAAAAAUAUUUACAA